UGUGCACAGAGUGCAGACUGCAGACUCUUUUGUGUAAAAAGGCAAUGGUAGAGUGUGGACAGUGGUACAGCUAUACAUGUUAUAAAUAUUUCCGCCGUUCUCGUUCAUCCUACCUUCAAAUCAGCUAUGAGAUAGCGCAUACUAUUCGUGCAUACUAUUCUCCUUACACAUACUCCUACCCAUCCCUACUCUGUAUACUAUCACCUAGUGCUACCACUGUCUCCUACCAAUAGCCAUAGCCCGCCUCACUACCCAUUUUCUCACAGACGUGAAAGAAUAACAAUCAUGCUUACUACGCUAAUAAACGCAAUGAAAGGUGUGGGUGGCACCAUAGCUGACUGGGCGGGAGUAUGCCCUGCGCCACUCAGCGGUGAAGGCUAUCGUGUGGUUGUGGUUACUGGGUGUGACAAUGAGUGCGGAUUCGGACGCAAACUUAGUUUGAGGUUGUUGGAACGGGGGUAUAUAGUGAUAUGUUCGUGUUUCAGCAGGAAGACUGCGCAGCUGUACAAUGAGAAAGACGACGGUAUGAUAGCGUUCGGGGGCGAUCUUACUGAUCGUGCGACUAUGGAUAAGUUUGUAGAGCUGAUUCAAACUACAUUGCAUAGGAAUGAUGAGUAUGUACUGUGGGGGUUGGUGAACAAUGCGGGAGUGGCUAUACCUAGCAACAUCGAAUGGGCGCACCCCGAUACCUACCUACAAACCAUGGCCGUUAAUUUCCACGUGCAUAUUACACUUACUUAUCAUCUACUACCCAUUGUGAAACGAAAUAAAGGCAGUAGGAUCGUUAACGUAUCGUCAGUGUGCGGUUUGGUACCCUUGCCCAUGUGUCCCAGUUAUACAGCCAGUAAACACGCUCUAGAAGCGUACAGCGACGUGUUACGGUGUGAGAUGAGCAUCUGGGGUGUUCAUGUGAGUCUGAUUGAACCAGGUACAAUGGCGACACAAUUGGGCACAUCGCAUUUCGACGAUUGGCUUAAGAGUUAUAACAAUGCACCGGAAAUACGCAAAAGGGACUACGGACAGGAGUGGGCCGACAAUGUGCAUGCAACUGGCAUAGAAGGCGCAAAGUCUAUUGCUUGCAACCCGGAUAUUGCAGUGCAUGACAUGUUGUUAGCAGUAACAUCCAAGCGUCCCAAGACGAGAUACAGAUCCGGGUUUCUGGCGAAGUAUUUCUUCCGGCCGCUGGCUUGGGUCCCAGAUAGAUGGCGGGAUUGGUUUCUGUUCAAGAUGAUGUACAAGGCCACACCUGGAACUCUGCAAUAAUUUCUUGUCGCAAACUGCUGUAACUCUGUGCUACAUUGUACAUAUCUUAUACUAUAUCCUAUUUUGUAUGUGUAGUACUGGUUUGUAUAUGGUUGAGCUAUGGUGAAUAACUCGUAUGCGAUAGGUGCUUGAUGGAUCUUAAUGCCCAUGCUGCUACGUGUCAAUUGCGCAUGUCACGGUGCAGUCCAGUCAGAAAUUGCCGACAACAGAGGCGUGUCAGUUUUACCUCGAUAGAAGAAAAGAUCACAUCUGUGAGUAUACGAGACAUUGCUCGGUAUGAGGGAUCGUACAAGUGUUCACACGCUUGCUGUGGGGCGUUACCUGGGCUUGUUUCAAUCGCCUGUGAUGUGCAUCCAUAGUAGUAUGGCGGAGACGGCUAGCCGGUUAAUAGCCACAGUUGAAGACACCAAUACUGAGUUAUAUCGAUGCUGGACACUAUGUGCGUUUCAAAUCACAUAUAUUAGGCAUCCCAAUUUUCUUGAUGUGUCAAGCAGGGCAUGUGUGAAAAUAGGCUAGCGACAGACGUGGGCUGAUGUGGUGAAUCCGAUCUCAUUACGCUGCAAGUACUGACGUGGUAGUCGUACGGAUACGGCAGGGUAUGACAAUAAAUUAGCUGUGAGUAGUG